AUGGAAGAACGAAGGACAAGGGGAAGACCCAGAAUCUAUCUCAAUGAAGGAGAACGCCUGCAAAUGAGGCGGCAACGAGAGACGCCACAGGAGAGGGCUGCUCGCCUCGAGGUAGAUUCCGCAAGACAUCGUCAAAGACGAGAAAAUGAAGAUCCAGGUGAAAGAAACCUAAGACUGUUUGAGAAUGCGGAGCGUCUUCGAACCAGACGUCAACUUGAAACCGCCGAUGAGCGAGCUUCUCGGUUACAGGAGAACGCUCAUAGGCAGCAGCAAAGACGCGGUAGAGAAGAUGCUGACCAAAGAUCUGCUAGGCUGGAGAGGAAUGCUCGACGAGAGCAAGGCAGGCGUGAGUCACAGAGUGUCGCAGAGCGCGCCGCUAGGUUGGAGGGAAAUACACAACGGCAGAGAAGAAGACGUGAACUGGAAAGUAUCGAACAACGGUCAGCAAGGUUGGAGGCCAAUGCGCAGCGGCAGCGAAGAAGACGUCAAGAGGAAAGAAGCCAACGAGUUGUUGAAUUGCAAGCAGGACAGGCUAGGCAUUUAGAAACCGUCGAACGAAGAGAUAGCAUGUCGUCAUCAAACAUCUCGGUUCAACAAAGAAGGCAAGGAUUGGAAAGUGCAGGAGAGCGAUCCCCUCAACUGAUGGAAGAUGUUGAGUGGCGCCGCCUGAUCGAAGGGAGGCAUGAGCAACUACACGUUCCAGGUAACCGUCGGCGACGAAGUGGACCUGCCCAGUUUGUCGGAGCUGCGUUGCGUACACGUGUAACCGAAUCGAACUAUUUGGGAGAGCUCAAUCAAAGGUGUGUGGAUUGUGGAGCAUUGCAUUUUGCUAGCGAGGUCAAAUCUAAUCAUCCAGGAAAGUUUAAAGAGUGUUGCCAUCUUGGGAAAUUCACCUUGAAUUUUUUCGAAAACUUUCCUGAAGAGUUGCGAAGACUUUAUGUACGUGCACCUGAGUCCACGGCCGAACAGCGACACAAUCAGAAAAAUUUCUUAGAGAACAUACGAAAUUUCAACUCGGCCCUAGCUAUGGCAUCAAUGGGCGCACAGGUUGAUUCGCUGCCCGGGCGAGGUCCCUACUGUUACAGAAUUCAUGGACAAAUCUAUCAUAGACUAGGACCUCUUCAUCCUAGAAAUGGGGAACCACGCCAAUAUGGGCAAAUCUACAUCUUAGAUACGGAGUUGGCUGCUCAGCAGCGUCUCGGAAACGCAAGAAACACAAACUGUGAUCCACGUCUAAUGCGCUUCCUCAGUGAUCUAUUAUCGAAUGUGAAUAUGUAUGCAAGAUCAUUUAAAAUGAUGAGUGAAGUGGAGCGAGCGGAAAUCGCCCUGGCUGCCCAGGAGAAUCGUACCCCUUUGAAUAUUCGCAUGGUGUUUGAAGAGAGUGCCGAAAGAGGUUUAGUUCGUCGACAGUAUGAUCUUCCCACCGCAAACGAGGUUGCAGUAAUUUACGUUGGCGAAGACAACGACGUGCCUGCAAACAGAAGUCUUGCAGUUCAUCUGCGUAGUGGAACCGGCGAAGAGCUCAUGAAUAUCCGUGACAUUGACAAAAUCUGUGACCCGCUAACAUAUCCGCUGCUUUUCCCAACUGGCGCAGGAGGAUGGGAUCCGAGCUUAGAAAUACGGCAGGCUUACGCAUCACGCAAAAAGACUACUACGCAUACCUAUUUUCGAUUCGUGAUACGUUUAAUCCGAUUCUACACGCAGGAAAGCUCUGCCAACAAUUUGCAGUUGAUGCAUACGUAA